CGGUUUAGGGUUUUGAAGUGAAAAGCAUUUUGUUCCUUUGAGAGAGAUAUAAAUACCAAGCCUAGGAACUUUCAUUUUCCAUUUUCUCACUCUCGCCAACAUACUCACCGCCGCUUCUCUCUCCGUCACUCCGUCUUCCUCUCUGCCAUGUCUCCGCCGUCUAUUUACGGUGACUCUCCGUCUUCGAUCUCUCAUGCGCAGGCCUUCGAAGCUAUGUCACUGGAACAAUUGGAAACUGGUGAUGAGGUAGAUCAAUUUGAUUCGCGGUUUCUACCUAUAUGUGCUUCUAUGAUCCUUUCAAAUGAUUUUCCCUUUGAGUUUUUUGAGCGCGAGGGGAUGAGGAACUUCAUGAAGGUCUUAAAUCCAAAUAUUGUUUUGCCUCCUGUAGAUGUUAUUGAGGCUUAUGUCUCUGAUUUAUACAUGAAAGAGAAACUGAAGCUUAAACAAGAAUUGGCUACCAUUCCUAAUAGGAUAUCUUUAACUUUUGAUUUGUGGGAAUCUAACACUGCUGAGACUUAUAUCUGUUUGACUGCGCAUUUUGUUGACGCGGAUUGGAAGUUAAAUAGUAAGGUUCUCAACUUCUGUGUUGUUUUACCCACUGUAGCCGAGAUGUGUGAGAGAAUGGUUGAGUUUUUGAGUGAUUGGGGAAUAGAGAAAAAGAUUUUCUCUCUCAAUUUAGAGGACUCAUUUAAGGACAACAUUUUGCAAGAACAGUUGAAAUCUCAUCUUGGUUUGGAAAAUGGUUUGUUAUGUGAUGGAGAGUUCUUUCACAGGCAUUGUUCUGCACGCGUUUUAAAACUGAUUGUUGAAGAGGGGUUAAAACUAGUUAGUGGUGACGUGUCUAAAAUUAGAGAGAGCAUCUUGUUUGUGAGGGAUUCAAAGAGUAGAAGGAAAAAAUUUAAGGAGUGCGUUGAAAAGGUUGGUGGUAUUGACAGUUCAGUUCGCUUGCAUAUGGACAUGUCUAUGACUGUGAACUCAACUUAUUUGAUGCUCGAUAGUGCUCUUAAAUAUCAACAUGUGUUUGAAAGUUUUCACUUGUAUGAUGGUGAUUAUGUCUCGUGUCCUUCUGCAAAAGAGUGGAAAAGAUUUGUGCAUUCAUGUUGCCUUUUCGUGAAACUGCCAACAUGAUCAAUGGUGCAACACAUCCCACUUCCAACUUGUAUUUUUUGCAAGUUUGGAAAGUCCAAUGUGUUCUUGUUGAUAGUUUGGGAGAUGAAGAUGAAGUUAUAGCGAGAAUGGCUAAAAGGAUGAUGGGCAAGUUUAAGAAAUAUUGGGAUGAGCAUAGUGUUGUUCUUGCAAUGGACCCACGGAUGAAAUUCUCAAGGUUGGCUGAUUGUUACUCAAAACUCGAUCCAUCAACUUGUGAACGGAAGUUGCAAAAAGUAAAGACAAAGUUGUACAUGCUAUUUGACAAGUAUUCUAGCAAAAGUACUUCUUCUGGUAUGCAAACAACUGUUCAGGGCCAAUCUUCUACCAUGCCAUUGCAAAAGAACUCUGAGUCUUUAUCUCAUGGCCUAUUUGAUGAAUUGAAAAUGAAACAUCAACAGCUUGUUACCGAAACUGAAAAGUCUCAACUUGAUGUUUACUUAGAUGAGUCAGAUUUGGGUUUUCUUUGUAAUGAAGAUAUGGAUGUAUUACAAUGGUGGAAGAGUAAUAAUGAUCGAUAUCCAGAUCUAUCAAUACUGGCUUGUGACUUGUUAAGUGUUCCCAUUACCACUGUGGCUUCUGAUUUUGAAUUUUGCAUGGGCUCACGCGUGUUUAACAAGUAUAAAGAUCGUAUGUUGCCGAUGGAUGUGGAAACUAGAAUUUGUGCUCGCAGUUGGCUGUACAAUUUCGUUAGUGAUGAUGGAAAAGACGAUGAAGACGACUUUGAAGAAAUAAUGAAUGAAAUUGAUGGUGAUGUUGGUGACAAUGAUGGAGAAGAAGAUGAUGAAUGAAGAUGACGACGACGACGAUGAUGAUUUAUUUGCUUCUAUUUAUUUAACUUUGGCUUUAUGGUUCAAAAAAUUAAAACUAUAUACGGUUGUUAGGUUAUGUUUUUUAGACUUGUGGGUGAACUUAAUUUUAAACGCUUUUAAUUGUAGACUUGUUUUUAACUUGUAAUAUGUGAAUGUGGAUUUGUUUGCUUUCUAAUGUUUAAUGCUGGAUGAAGUUAGUCUGUAGUUCCAUGAGAACAGAAAGAAGACUAUGAUCAAAUAGUAAUUGUUUUUGUUCUUGUAAAUUGUUCUA